AUGCAACGCCCCGUCGCAAACAUUCAAGGCGAUCACGUUCGACCACUUGAGAGUUCUGACGAGAAGAUAGUCAAGAUGUUGAUUGGACAAGGAGUGAUGGAAGGUAUAGCUCAAGCCAAUAACAAAUUUAUAACUCAUCCUGGUAUCAUCAUACUUAUACUGGUUUUGGGUCAUUUGUUAAAUCAAGUAAUGUCUUUCAAAGCAGAUUCAUCGAAUCCAUUAUCAUAUUUUACACCAUUGAUUGGGCCUUGUCUUAUUACUCUACCUUUUUUGGGAAUAGCAGAAUACAUUCACAGACCUAGGUUCACAGCUUUACUGAGAAAGGUAAUAGGCGGAGAAGAUUUAAUUCGAUUGUAUCAGUAUUACUCUACUUCCAGCUUCGACCGUAAGGGUAAUUCAGGCUGGGUGUUCAUUCACAAAGAAGAGAUUGUAGGUGUCAUCUUGAUUGAUCAAUCGAAUCCUGGAAAAUCAUUGGAUUCAGUUUUAGGUGAAGAAGAAGGUCAAAUUAAAUAUCAAUCUAUCUCGAAUACCAAGACUGAGACCACUACGAUGAACAAUAAGAGCAUACUUGACAAUCACAGAAAUGUUCGUAGAAGAAACAUAGAUACCAACAAAUCAGUUCCAAUUGCCUCUGUCGACAGUGAUCCGACCCGCAAAAACAUGAUACAGAUCAGACACCUCGAGGUCGAUUCACCAUAUAGACAAUCUGGCAUUUCUCUAGACCUGUUACUCGCAGCUUUAGAUCAAGCGUUUACCUCCAAGGAUAUUGAACAAGUUAUCAUACAGACUAAACCAUUUUCGGAUGAUAAAUAUCUAAAUCAAGUUGGGUUUGAAAGAUUAUCUAAUGUCGAGAUUGAUCAAUCGGAUUUGGAAGAGCCUGUCAAAAUAGGCCUAUUGGGUUGGAAAGGUCAUUGGUUAAGCUUGGAUAGAAUGAAAUGGGAUCAAAAUAGAAAAUCAAUAUUAGAUCGGGUUGCCAAAGGGAGAAAAGUGAAUUGA